AUCCCAUUCAUUUUUUGUGCAACGAUUCAAAAUACCCCAAGUAACUGGUGUGGUGUGGUGUGUUAGAAGUGUGGGUUAUCCUAGUUCUCCAAACUGUGUACUUAAACACAACAAGUAAAGCAUUAAUUAAUAUCUUUGAUCAAGACAGAUUUUCUCCAAAAAUGUCUUCCAGUUCAAAUGUGGCAAGACCAGCUCUUGGCGCUCGUGAUGCCAAUGCCCCGGUGGCAACAGUUCGACCAACCAGUAAACUCCCAGUCAUGUCCAAACUUCCGAAGCCUCAGUUCAAGCGCCCUCUAGCGGAAGAUGCCCGAGGCAGUGCUGCAAAAAAGACAAAAAUAGAGGCUCCAUCUGUUAAGAGUGGAACUGGUAUUCCUAAAGGAACAGUUGGAGUAAGGAAGGCAAUGGCUCCUGGCAACACCACCACAGUUAGGAAACAACCAGUGAGAAAACCUCCUGCUCGCUCAACUGUUUCCUCGAAGCCAGCCAUCUCAAGUAGGCCUCCCAGUAAGCCUGCUACUACAACGACUAAAAAAGCAUCAACAGCACCAAAGAAAAGGCCGGCUUGGGAUCUGAAAGGUCGUCUGUCUGACAUGGAAAAGAUGAUGGAAAUGCGGAUCUCAACAAACAACCACUUGGAACAUAAUCUUUCUGAGAAUAACCAACGAGUUCAAAUGGUUGAGAUGUUAAACGAACGUCUGAAGGGAACUGUGGCCCAGAAAGAUCAUAUGCUGUCAGAGAAUUGUCAAACAAUAAACGAGCUGCAAAGAAAGAUCAGGGAUCUGGAGGAUGAAGCUGCUUCUGUUAAGCGUAGGCACCAGUGUGUAACAGAAGAUCUAGAGUCGCGUAAUUCCACACUGGAGAUCAAAAAGAAAUCACUAGAGGGAGAACUAGAGGUAUCUAAUCAAGAGUGCAUUGGACUCAAGUGUAAAAUUGCACAGAUGACGUCAGCUCGGGUAGGCAUGGAGACUGAACUAUCAUCCAUCAGGGGCAUUCUUGAGCAAGCACAGCAGACUUGCAAACACCAGGAGGGAGUGAUCAACGGCCUAAAUAAUACAAUAGUCAAGCAUAACAGUACAAUUCAAGAACUAGAAUCAAACCUGCAAGAGGCAGAAGCAGUGAGGAGAAAGUUACACAACACUGUCCAAGAACUAAAGGGAAACAUAAGGGUAUUUUGUAGAGUGCGCCCUUUAUUGCCAUCUGAAAAGGAUACAUGUGCGGAGAUCAGUCAUCUGCAUUUUAAUGGAAUUGAUGGAAAAACCCUGGAGAUGGAUAAAGUAGAUGAGAAUUGUCCAGGACAACGAAAGCUAAGUGGUGGCAAGUAUUCUUUUACAUUUGAUCAAGUCUUUAAUCCAUCAUCCAGCCAAAUGCGAGUAUUUGAGGAGAUAUCACAAAUGGUACAAAGUGCUCUUGAUGGUUACAAUGUGUGCAUUUUUGCAUAUGGUCAGACAGGCAGUGGGAAAACAUACACGAUGGAAGGUCCUGUGGAGUCCAAUGAAGAAACCAUGGGAAUGAUUCCUAGGGCUGUUGCACAGAUCUUCAAAUGCACACAAGAUUUAAAAGCUAACGGGUGGAAGUAUACCAUGGAAGCAUCUUUUUUAGAAAUAUACAAUGAAACGAUCCGUGAUUUGCUGGUAAAUGGAGAGGACAAACUUAAGCAUGACAUCAAGGCAGAUGCCCAGGUCACUAACCUCACUUUGGUUGAGGUCAAAUCUGAGAAACAGGUGGCGAAAUUGUUGGAGAAGGCUUCUUGUAAUCGGUCAGUUGCAGCAACAAAUUGCAAUGAACAUUCAUCAAGGUCGCACAGUGUGUUCCGUUUGAAGCUGACAGGUUCUAAUGACCUAACAUCCGAAGAGUGUGAAGGCACUUUGAAUCUUGUUGAUUUAGCUGGCAGUGAGCGUCUUACUAGUUCAGGAUCAAGCGGAGAGCGAUUACGGGAGACAAAGAACAUCAACAAAAGUUUGAGUAACCUUGGAAAUGUGAUCAUGUCACUUGGCAACAAAGAGUCCCAUAUACCAUACCGGAACAGUAAACUGACGUACCUGUUACAAAAUUCUCUUGGUGGAAAUUCAAAAACUUUGAUGUUUGUUAAUAUAUCUCCAAAAGAAGAGAACUUUGGUGAAUCAUUGUGCUCUUUGAGGUUUGCAACAAAGGUAAAUCAGUGUAACAUCGGCACAGCACAGAAAAAGGUCAAAUAGAUUGUAAACCUAGUGCAUUAGGGUACAGUAAUGAAGCUGGACACAACUGCGCUAAUGGUUAUUGGCCAAUGCGAUUUCCUGAAGAACGCGAUAACGCACUUGCAAAUGAUCCUUCCCAAUGAUAAUCCUCUCAUUCUGCCGCAAUCAGUAGACGGCGUAGCGCCCGUAGAUAGAACAGAUGGAUUCAUCAACCGACUGUUUCUGUGUGUGCCCAGCCGGUAUAUUGUCUGCAUUCCAUCUGGAUAUCUUGUGAAUACUUAACCUAUUAGGGAAGGGUACUUGUAUUUUGAAAUUCAUUUUGGUUUUUUUCAUUUUAUCUCUAGUAUCAAUUUGUAUCUUAACAUUCUAUACUUGCCACAUAAUUAAAUGAUGUUUAGUCCAGCAAACAUAAAAUUUCAAGUUGGAAAAAAAAUUAUAAAUAGUGAGGAAUGGGUUAAUAAUACCACCCAAUAACAUAAAUGAUUUGAUACCAUGUGCUGUACAUAUGCUUUAAUUAAAUGAAUUAUUACACUGAGGGAAUAAUUACGAGGACAACAAAACAUGUAUAAUAAUUUGUUAAUGAAAAUUGGUAAGACAACAGUUGAAUAAAAGUAAAUAAAUAGAAUGCUAAUGUGUGAUUUAAUGCAACAUCAUAAUUUAAAAUGUAUGCAUGUCAUUUAUUGUGUAUUACAUUGUAAAUUAAUUUGUAAAUCUUUUUAUAUCAUUUUGUGUACCUUUCAAUAUGUAUUAUUUUUCAGUAAAGUAUUGCUUGUCAUUGACUCUUGCACCUAUAGUCUCAAGACAAACUUUAGUUUGCUAGGAUUGUAAAACAAAAUGUCAUUUAUAUUCUAAAAUCUAUUUCAGGCAUAUGUUUUACAUAUGUGAGACAAUUUUUUAACUGGGCAUUGUUAUGGCCAGCUUCAUUAACCUAUACAAGCUGAAAAUAACCUAUGCCAGGCUAAAAAUUGUCUCGCAUAUGUAAUCACUAGCUUGCAAUUUUACCAUGUUUUGAGUGUAUAUGGUCAAACGACUAUUCCACUUUUUCCACUAUUAUCUUUAUGAAAAUAUAUACAGGUAUUCUUUAAAAUUUUCUCUUUUCAUUGGGUAUGUGAUUUCUAGUCACCUUUAGUUGAAACAAAUACAUAUUGAGUGGAAAAGGCCACAAAUUUUCAAAAUUGCAAUCUUAUAUUUAAGUAACUACUCUUAGUGCUACUUCAAGCCAAACUAAACUAAAGAUUGUUUUAAGAAUACAGGUUAAUCCAAACUGUGAGAAGAUAUUUUGCAUUGGGGAUUUUUUUUUGUUCAUUUUUGGUUGUAAAAAUAAUAGGACACUGAUCAGAAGUAAAAACCCCUUGUUUGUGUUUGACGUAAAGUACUGUACAUUAGAACCAUAAUAUUUCAACUUUACCCCACUGAUGCAUUUGUGACAAUGAUAAAAGCUUCAAAAUUUGAUGUUAUUAUUGGUACAGUACUGUACAGUAUUAAUUAUUUGAUGUUUAACCUAUCUUAACCUAUGUAACAUAGAAUCAGACUUUGUGACUUUACUGCAUGCUGUAAAUAAACUUCGCAUGGAUUGAAUGGUCUUUUA